CCACUUGUACCCCAAAAGGUGCCCCCUCCCAGCAGUGCCACUGGGUGAUGGGGGCACUGGGGCUCCCCCCUUUGCUGUCAGGGCAAGAGGCCAAGCAGCCCCCAGCUGGGUUUGGCUGGGAGGGGGCCCCUCACCGACCGCCCGCGCUCCCUCCCCAAACCAGCCCUAAUGAGAACAAGCUGGUCCCGGCUGCGGCGCAGGAGGAGGAGGAGAAGAAGGAGGAGGAGGCUCCAUCCCGACAGGCAGCAGAAAGGGGCGCGAGGAGGCGAGGUGUGCGGGACAGACCCCAUCCUCCCGCUGACGCGGCGGCUGCGGGCGAGGAAAUUCAACCAGGAGCUCUGGGGGAGAUGGUGGCGACACCAGCGAUGGCUGCGUGGCUCCUGCUGCUGCUGGUGGCAGCCCCGGUGCUGGCGGCAGCGCCCCGGCAUGCUGCGGUGCUGCCCGACAUUGGGGGCAGCGGGGAUGCUGAGGAGGUCUCAGCUGAGCCACCCGCCCGCUAUGUGACACCAGGGACCGGCCCGACGCUGGGGGACGCGGCGGGAACCACAGUGACCAACAGCUCGGCACCGGGUGGAGUGUUGGACGGGCUGGUGGACUUCUUCAAGGAAUACAUGCUGCUGGUGGUGGUGGUGGGCUCGCUGGCCUUUGUCCUCCUCUUCAUCGUCUGCGCCGCCGUCAUCGUGCGGCAGAAGCACAAGGCAUCCGCCUACUACCCCUCCUCCUUCCCCAAGAAGAAGUACGUGGACGAGCGGGACAAGGUGGGGGGGCCCCGAGCUUUCGAUGAGGUGCCGGACGGAGCCCCCGGUGGGGGGGAGCCCGUGGCCAUCGGCCGGCAGCUGGAGGCUGAUAUCCGUGCUGCCGCCCACAACCUCAGAUCACCCCCCAAGGCUGGGGAGCAGAAACCCCACCGUGAGGAGGAGGAGGAGGAAGGAAGCAAGAAGCUGGGUGAUGAGCAACCCGUCGAGCCCUCUCACCAGAAUCCAGGUGCUGAGGAAGCGGCGGGUGCAAGAGGAGUAGGGGGUGAGGGGGACUCCAACGCAGUGCAGGAUGGAACCCCAGACCCCCCUAGUGUCUAGGGCAGGGACGGGUCCCGGGUGAGCCCGAGGAGCCCCCAGCUUGGGGGGACACGUGAUGGACACGGUGGUUUUUGCUCCAUACAUACGUGGUGGCUCAAGGCAGCCCUGGUAAAGCUCCCCCUUGCCUCCUGCCCCCUCCAGGCCCCCCAACCCUCGCACCAGCAGGACGCUGUGGCAAAGCCACAUUUUUUUGGCAGGUGGUGUUUUUGGCAGCACUGAAGUGCCAUCAUCCCCAUUGCUCCUGCUGCCCGAGGGGCCUCCCCUGUCCCAGGCACUAUGUGGGUGCAGCCCCCCUGCUCCGGCUCUGCCCCGGGGCUGUGCCAGCAGCCCCCUACCUUGUCACACACCGCCAGCUUGCUCCUAAGUGUGAUUUUACUCAUUAGUGGCAUCCCAGUCCCUGCCAGGCAGCUGCACCCUCUGGGCAGAGGCAGCUGGGGGGUGUGGGGAGUGGGACGGGGCCUGAUGUGACCCCAGCACUGGCUCUGCUGGUGGCUGUGACACCGAGGGGACAGGAUGGGAUGAGCUUGGCUGAGGAGAGAAAGGAGGAGGAUUCAGCAGAAAGGCCCCAUCCUGCCAUUUUUCUGCCCCAAAUCCACAACUCAAGGGCAGCACAGAGCCCAGCCGGACUUUUGCCUUAUUUUCUUAACCCCUUCAGCUCAUAAUAAAGGUAUUUUCUCUGCA